AUGGACCAGCGCCUCGCCGAGCUGGUGGAGGAGCUCACCACCGCGGGAGAGCCGCGGCUGGAGCCGGGCAGGAUGAAGGAGCUGAAGAAAAUCUGCAAGUCUUCAGAUGAACAUAUCAGCCAUGCCUAUCACCUGCUGAUGACGCGACUCAACGAGGAGCACGCCGAGAUGCGUUUCUCGGCUUUCCAGAUUGUGCAAGAGUUGUUUGCCCGAUCCCAUCAAUUCCGGACGCUAGUUAUUUCCAACUUCCAAGAGUUCUUGGAGCUCACGGUGGGGAUAGACCAUGAGCAGCCUCUUCCCCCGCCCAAAGAGGUGGCACAGAAACUGAGGAAAGCAGCCAUUAAGUCAGUGCAAGACUGGCAUGAGAAAUAUGGAGAGGCCUACAAGAAGCUUUCUCUGGGAUACCACUUCUUAAAGCAGAAUAAGAAGGUGGAUUUUCAGGAUGUGCAUGCCAGAACUGCGGCUGAAAGAAGGAGGGAAGAGGAGAAGCAAAAACGAUUGGAUAACAUUUACAAAGAAAAAGCCAAAAGAGCUGAAAAAGAAAUGGAAGAAAUGUCCCAAGAGAUUGCCGACACACUGACAGAGAUGGAAAACUGUUUCCGGCUUCUGAUGCCAGAUCCUUUUGACUUCACUGUGAAUGACACGGAACUGGAACCCAACAAACAAAUGUCUGCUAGUGAGGAUAGACCUGCAUCCCCCUUGUCCUCCCAGAUGGAAGUUAACCAGUCCUGUUUUGGAUGCAUGGAUGAUGAACAGCCGUGCUGCAGCAAGGACGUUCUUUCUGUUUCUCAGUGUGUUAGAACUGAUAAAGAGUUAGAAGAGAAACAGGAGAAGCCUGAGCAAAAAGAAUUAGAUGGAGGCACAUGCUCAGAAGUUCAGUCUGGUGUCCCUGCUCUCCAUGAUGAUGAUUACCAGACUUUUGUUAGGAGCCAUGGGCUUAUUUCACAUAAGUAUACUCUAGACCUUGAAAUCUCCACAGAUGUAAAAGUGCAUGAGAAUGAAGAUAAUACUGCCAUAAUAAACAGUGUCAUGGAUGCUCACAAACUCCUCAGAAAUAAGUUCUGGCCUUCUGUGCAGUCCUGGGUUCAGUUAUUUACCAGAGCAGGAAUAAAUGAUGAUCGGCUAAGAUGUGCCAUUGAUCUCAAGAAUAAAUUGGAGACUGCUAUGAAGAACUACAAGGAAAUGAACAUUUCCUUUAAAGCGAGAAAAAGGAAAGUGGUGAAAGCCUUGGAUGACGAUGACGACGACGAGGAUGAAGAUGAAUUUGUGGAGGUCCCUGAGAAGGAAGGUUAUGAGCCCCACAUUCCAGACCACCUGCGUAAGGAAUAUGGGCUAGAGCCCCCGUCACCUCCAAAAGGACUGGUGGGGAAGACAUCAAUAGGACAAGCUCCGCUGAGCUCCCGCACCCAGCUGAGGCGGAAUGAAGAUGAACUUGAUCCAACCUGUGCAGCUGCCACACUGAAACUUAUUAGAGACAAACUACCAAAGUUACCACCUCUACACGCCAGGUUAUCUUUCAGCCUUGGAAAGCCUGACAGUAAGAGAAGAAAACUAGAAGAAGAAAGAGCUAAAGCUCCCCUCAUGCCUUUUGGAUUAGAUCUUCACUACUGGGGACAGGAUCAGCCAAGUGCUGGGAAGAUUCUCAAAUUUGCUUCUGAGCAUCGAUUUUGGGCACCCAGUGAAGUAGAGGAAGAGGUGGAAAAUAAAGAAAUAACUGAAAUGUUAAAAACUAGAUAUAUAACAUUUGCUGGCAAGUUUGAACCAGUGAAACAUAAAUGUCGAGCACCAAUGCCUGAUGGAAGUCUGUGUGAAAGACAAGAUCGAAUUAAGUGCCCUUUCCAUGGAAAGAUAAUUCCUCGGGAUGAAUCUGGGAUUCCUGUUAACGCAGAGGACAGAGCCAGUGAAGAAAAGAUGCGGUUUGAGAAGCAAGCAGCUCAGCCAGAGUGGCGAGAUCCAGAAUUCAUGAGAGAAGUUGAAGCAGCUACAGGAUUGGAUCUUGGUUCCUCUAAAAAUAAUGGAAAAGGAGGGAAAAAGAAAGGGAAGAAGAAAAAAUAUCCAAAUCUGACAGACCUGAAGCAGCAGGCUAACACUUCUCGUUCCCGGCUUGAGAAGAAAGUCUUCAAUAAAGGUGCUAUGAAACGGGUGGUGAAAGCAAUGAACCGAGUGGACCAAAGAAAGCAUGAGAAGUUUGCCAACCAGUUUAACUAUGCACUGAAUUAAAUUUUUAAUCUUC